AUGUCCAACACAAAUCAACCCCCACAAAAGAAAACAACACCAACCCCGCAAAACCACCUCUCCUUUGAUCCCUGGAAUAGCAGCGCCACGGGCCACCAACGGGCCGAUUCCUCGACAGGAACCGCCUGGCGUCGAACAAGAGAAGAGAAACUGGCUCGACAGUUCAAUUCCGUAUCGGGUGACUGUACGGAUUCCCUCGGGGAUGUUACAUCCCUUCGCAAAGAAGAGAAAGGGGAGUGGGUAUGGGCUCAUACGAAUCGGGGGGAGUUGAGGGAUCCAGGGCAGCAGGAUAUCCGGUCCAUGAUGCGCGUGGGAAAGCGGCCUAGGGGUGUGUCAGACUCAGGAAAGGACGGGGAAUCAUCCCAGAGGAAGUUGAAGGCUUCAAAAGUCGCUGGUUUGGGGGUGAAUGCGUCAAUUAGUUCUUUGGAUGAGUUGGUGUCGUCGCCGUCACCAUUAUCGAUUGAGGUCAAGGAUGUACCGCAGGUUUUUAAGGGCGUUACGGUUUAUAUUAACAGCACUUAUCAUCCAAGGGUCUCGGAUCACUAUUUGAAACGGCUCCUCACCAUGCAUGGUGCUGCAAUUUCGCUGUCCCUUUCGAGAAAGGUCUCCCAUGUUAUUGUUGCGAGGCCUAAUGCGGGGCCUGGGAUGGGCGCUGGUGGGGGACUUGCGGUUUCAAAGUUACAGAAGGAGAUCUUGCGGGGUGGGUGGAAGGGGAUCAAGGUCGUUUUCAUUGAAUGGGCCCUGGAGAGUAUCGAGGCUGGGAAGCGGUUGUCUGAGGCUAAGUUUGCGAUGGAUAUCAUGCCAAAGGGGCAAAGGAGUGUUCUGUCUUUUACUGGCAUCUGA